CCUAUUAUACCACACAUGGGAUUGUUUAUUCCAUGAAAGUAGCAGCUAGUAGACUAUUGGAGUUGACAAUACAUUAUCAUUUAUGACGUGUACUGUUAUUCUACAUAUGGAUGAAUUAUUGCACUAGUCUGACAACGUGGAUUCGUGCAGUGAUGAUCACUGACAGACUGUCAAACAUUUUAUCAGUUUUGGCAGCGAUGAGGCGUGGUGGGAGCAUUGAUACCGUAUACUUUUCGAGUAGCGAAGGACAACCAGUGUGUAUAAUAAGUUGUGUUCAGUAAGGCCACGAGCUGGCUGAGCGAUCAGAUCGCAUCAACUACAUUUAGUUUCAGUUUCACUUGAGCACGCACAAACAACGCACAUGUGUAUCGUCGUUUCGCUGAAAGGCCUUCCGCAAAAUUAAUCGCACUUGUCGGACGGGUGUCAACUCCUUACAGUACUUGCUCGAAUAAGUGGUCUCGCCUCUUUGGUCAAUAUGCCUGAAUAUGAAAUAGUGGAUGGUGAAGAUGGUCAGCUGUUGAAGGAGAAAUUCACAACAUGCUUCAGAACGGGUUACGUGAGAAUAAAGGGCUGUGUGCUACCGGAACACUAUCUCAAGUUCACCGAUCAAAUUCGAGACAUGAAAGUACGCGACGAAGAUAUUUGGGUUUGCAGUUUUCCCAAAACAGGUACAACAUGGACACAAGAGAUGGUUUGGUGUAUAGCUAAUGAUUUGGACUUUGAAGGAGCAAAAGUAAACCUGCCUCAAAGAUUUCCUUUCCUUGAUCAUACACCAUUGUUCGACUACGGAGAUUUGUUCGAUAGGAUACCAGAAAUGCGUAAUCUACCGGAGUAUGUGACCGACUCAGUUGGUCACAUUGAUAGGCUGCCGUCAGUGCGUCACAUCAAGACCCAUCUGCCAUUCCAACUGCUGCCCCAGCAAUUGCAGGAACGGACCACAAAAGCUAAGAUCGUCUACGUUGCACGAAAUCCUAAAGACACUUGUCUGUCAUACUUUCAUCAUUGUGUCCUCAUGGAAGGCUACACUGGAAAAUUCGAGGAAUUCGCUGAAUUGUUCUUGAAUAAUUCAUUAUGCUUUGCUCCAUAUGCCAGCAACAUUCUGGGUUUCUGGGAGAGACGGAAUGAUCCAAAUAUUCUGUUUAUACGAUUUGAAGAUCUGAAAAAGGAUCUACCAUCAGUUAUCAGAAAAACUGCUAAAUUCUUGAACAAAGAUUUGUCUGAUGAACAAGUGAGCAGAUUGAGCGAGCAUCUGAGCUUCGAGAGCAUGAAGAAUAAUAGAGCCGUCAAUUAUGAAGAAGUAGUGGAGAUCAACAAGAAGUUCAAGCUGAUAGAAGCCGAUGGCUGCUUCAUGAGGAGUGGCAAGGUUGGUGAAUGGAAGGCCAAAAUGUCACCACAACUGAUUGAUCGGUUCGAUAAGUGGACCGAAAAAUACUUUGCCAAUUCGGGGCUGACUUUUUGACUCUGGUCUGCCAAAAAUCUACGAAAACCCUCUAGCAUGUAAUAUAUAUUGGGUUUGGAAAAUCCUAAAAUGAUUGUAACAUGAAUAUUAAAAGCUGUAUUAUCUUUAAUAAGGUCAACUAUGAAAUUUAUGGUUAUGUUAUGAAAUUCUAUAGCUAUAGUUGAAUAAAAAUACGGUAAUGUAAAUCAAUGUAUUCUCAAAGACAAUGUGAAAUAAUACAUAGCGAUGAAUAUUAGGCGAAUUCGAAAAAAAAUCUUUCCCAUGAGAAUGCUCAUAGCUACCAUAUUGCAUUUUCUUUGGUGCGAUCUCCAAUGGUAAUAGCGAUUCUCAUAGCAAAUAACCAUCCAAUUGGAAAAAUUCAGCCCAUCGAAUUACAUUUGAAAGUAGCUCUUCUAUUUUUAGUCGGAUCUAUAAUUAUAAUUAUAAUUGAUUAAUUUUAAACAUUAUAAUGAAUUAUUUAUAUUCAUUCUGAUCUAUAAUUAAAUGUAUGCCUAUCAAAUUGUUUCUACUUCUGGCUCCCACUAACAAAAAUCCAUUCCAUCAAAAUUGAACAUAAUAUAUCAUCCUAACCAAUGCUCAAAUAUUUCAAGUUUCACUUCAAUCCAACUGAUUCGAUCAUUUGAGAGAAGGACUCUGGGGUGAACCUGAUAGAGAUAUAUUCCCAAUAAAUUGAAUUUUAAAUUUUUAAUAAUUUUGAAAUUAUUAUUGUAGAAGAUUCAAUGAGAAGCAAGAGAUUAGAAUAGUUGGUUAUACAGUAAAUACGAGGUUUCUGUCCAAAUACAUAAUUUUACCCCUUAUUCGUUUGCAGAAAUCAGAACAAAUACACAAUAAAAAGGUGGCAAUGUAUUAGAGGCUAUAUAAUUUUAUUUUGAAUGUUUCUUCUCAUAUUCUAAAACUGUAAUUAAUUCUAUAUUUUAUUUCAACUUUAAAAAUUAAUGAAAGAGAAGAUAUAAUAUACUCUCCUUUAUAUGUUAUGAUCUUGCUUAAAAGUAUUAUAUUGUACAACUUAACUGCUCAUGAAAAUUCUGUUUGAAAUGCUAAUCAAAAAAUGAACAUGAUCACAUUGAAUCGAGACUAAUAUUCAUUGAUUUCGACUAUAAUUAAUAUUGUUUUAUAUGAUGAAAAUAUACAUUUUACUGUGAUAUUAAAUUGUUGCUGAAUAUGAAGAGUAUAGGGCGGGGGUUUGAUUUCCUUUUUUCAUUUUUCCAAUAAAUGAUUGAAUUUUCACAUUUAAAACAGUAGCUACCGGUAACUCUACUUUUUGCCAAUUCCGAAUGCGUUUCGAUAAGACAAAAAAUCAUCUUCAGCGUACAAUAAGUAACUUGUAAGUUGUGGCUAAUGCUGACUGAAGCCCUUAAGCAUGUGGCGACAAAGAAGAUCUAAUGUUUGUUAAUGUGUAUCUGAAUAAGUGGGCCAAAUAUGUGUGCGAAAUUAUGAAAAUGCAAACUUUUAUGGAAAAUAUUUUCAUGAAAAGGUUGUGCACCACCAGAGAAAACUCCUAUAAUUAAUUAACUGCUAUUAUUUAAUUAAUUUACUCUGUGGCACCACGUAUUUGAAAAGCUUUUACUAUAGUGAGGUCUACUAUAAUGGCAGUGGAGAAAGAUAGGAGAACAACGUUUGCCGAUUCUGUACCUUGUCACUGAUGCCUUCUAUAGAGGACAGCUGAUACUGAUAUUUGUGAUUUAAUAUCAACUGUUCAUUCUAGUUUUAAAAAAAUAAUCAUUAUUUGUCAAGAAAAUAUAUUUUUCAAUGAUUCAAUGACAAUUAUUCAUACCAUAACUGAGGAGAAAUAUUUUGUUGAAGAAGUAUUUCUUUAUUGUUAAAACACAGCGUUGCGGAUCUAGAAAUGGAUAGUGCUAUCUGCUUUAUGGAAUGAUAAACGAGGAUGUGGUUACACCAAUAUUAAUCGAAUACUGCCAUUAUAACAUUUAGAAUAAGAAUGUAGGCCGCCUACACUUAUUCUAGAUGAAUAAGUGUGAUUUCAAUGCAAGUUCUAAUUUGAAAAAUCAGUAUACAUCUAUUAUAAAUGUCACUAGAGAGACAUUUCAAUAUUUGAGUACUAUCAAUUUAAAAAAAUGGAAUCAUUUUUUAUAAUCAAGGAACAUAUUUACGAACAAUUGAAAUAUAUACAAUACGUAGGAUAAAACUCCUCACCUAGAAACUAGUCUGUGUGUGAAGAGGGUCGUCUACAAUAAAAUGCAAACCUUUUUGAAAAUGAAAAACGUUUUCAUUAUUCCCAAUAUUUGAGACAUGAGUGCCUAGAUUUGAUACUGUAUCUUGGAAGGGAUAAAUUGGUUGAGUUUCAGCUCAGGAAUUGAGAGAACCAUACAAGGUGGUCUUAUCUUGCUAAGUUUAUAUCUGUGCGUCAAUUUCGACCUAAUAAAAAUGUGUGAAAGAAAGUAAUAUAAUUGAGAAAAGAUAGGUAACAUUCCAUCAAGCAUUGUUCGUUCGCCUCUGCCCAUAUUUAAUCAUCUUAUAUUUGUAAAUUAUUAUGAUAUUUUUCGCUGAUACCCAAAGUAAAUGUCAUUAUAAGUGAUCAUAAGAGUGAAGUGCGGUAUUGUAGAGGAAUAGGAAAACCCUUAAGUGUUGCAGCUAAAAUAACCAAUUGAACCACCGAGAAGUGGAGAGUUCAGUAAGAUUUAUGGAUUGAUCACUACUCGAAAUUAUUUUUGAGUCACAGAAUUACACUCAGAAAUUUCUUCUCGAAUCAUGUUAAAAGACUCUCGAUUUAU